AUGCUUCUUUCCGGUAAGCAGUCGAGAAGGUCUAUUUCCAACGUGGCUUCGCAGUUAUGCUCUUACAAUUCCGGAAUAUCUCCUACUAUAAUCCCAGCACACAAUGACGCAUUUCGAAUCGAGUUUUCCAAGUUCCCAACAGAUGCCAACGCAUCUCCAUUUUUAUGUGGACAAGAGGAUGAGGAGUCAACCGAAAUUCGAUAUCCUAUCCAUCGGAGACGAAUCUUCUAUCCAACAGCGUCCUUUGAUGCAUCAAAAGAAGAAACAAAAGAAGAGCAAGAACAAGAAAAGGCGGAGAGCGACAAAGUCCUACUGGAAAAUAAGGAGCAAAUAGAUGCAAGCCUCCAUUGUCAAGAUGAGUUGGCUGCAAUGGUAAUCAGCGGGUGCCAAUCUUUGUUGGGGAUAACCCUAGAAAAUCUCAAGGAAUCGCUUGCAGCAGCUUAUGGAGCAGGCUGUUCUUCAGCGGUUAUCGUUGAUGUAGGCGCGGAAGAAACAUCUGUUGCCAUUGUUGAAGAUGGGAUUCUUGACGUUGAUUCUCGACAAUCGCUUGGUUUUGGAUCGGACGAUAUUCUUAUUUUAUUCAUGGAAUUACUAAAGGGCAUAGAUUUCCCGUAUACCGCAUUAUCUCUUUCGUGUUCUCCAGACGUAAAUCUUUUAACCGAGUUAAAAGAACGCUGUUGGACUUUGGAGGAUGCUACUGAAUUAUCGACCCAAGUGGUUGACUUUCUUGUAAGGAUUCCGGGAAGAUCUACCGCCUCGUAUCACUUUAAAGCACACGAGGAGAGAAUCAUGUCUCCACUAACUUACUUUAACCCGUCAUUUAUCGAUGUACCCUCUCGUGCUGCAGCUUCUCUCAAAGCCUCGCAAUAUUUUCUUUCUGACCAAGAUUCCGAAGUAUUGAUGGUUGAGAAAACAAAGAAAAAAAUCUUGGCUGAGCAGAUCGCGGACGAACAGGAUGAGAAUAGCUUUAUUGAAGAUUCAAUAAACCUGGGCUCUUCUCUGUCAGUAUCAUUAGCACCAUGUGCCAAUGAACAGCUUUCUGCAUCCUCUACUAUCACGUCAGACACGUGCCCCUGCUGCAGGGCCUGUUUGAUGAAGGAACCCUCGAUUUCGUGCUGUUGCUUUCAAGGCGAGACGCCGGAAAUUAAGGCUCUAUUUAAUCACAUAGCAAGUGCACAUAUGAAUGCGACAGACGUUACUUGUCAAUGGAUAGACAGAAACUCACAUGCUACAUGUGGCCACUUUUUUUCCUCAAUUGAUAAUUUAGAAAUUCAUAUUAUGAGGCACAUCACGGAGGAAUUAUUCCCCUCUCCCUCUCAAGCCCCCAUGGCAGCGAGCAAAAGUGAGAAAAAACCGUGCAAUAUAAAAAACGAGCUUUCAUCCCUGCAUGAGCUGAUUUUCAGCGCCAUUUUAAAACAUGAAAAUGCAGAUCGAAUUGACAAGAUACGGAAAUGGCUUGGGAUGAUUCUUUUGGUUGGCAGCGGCCAUCAAAUCGCGGGGUUUCAGCAGAUGCUUAGAAAAAAGCUGUCCGAACUGGCAUUGUCAAGCAAGUCGCCACUUGCAUCGGUUUCGAUGCCUCCGUCCAUUGAAAGCGAAUCUCUCAUUUCAUACAUUAGCCUCCCGAAGGAUAUUGAUAUUGGCUCGUUGGCAUGGAAGGGCGCUGGCGUCAUUGCACGGGUCGACGCAUCUCGAGAGUCGUGGAUCAGCGCAAAGGAAUGGGAUGUUUUGCAAAUGCGGGCCGUUGUCGAUCGUUUCCAACACAUCAAGUAA